UGGUCGUGGAGAAGCACCAAAACACCCAAUCAUUUGAGACUGUCCUCUUCAGAGAUAAUUUUCUUGUUGUUGUUGCUCUUCAUCUGUUCUGUGUUGAGGAUGUGUGUGGGGAUUGUGUGCAAUCAUUGUUGUUGCCGCUUAAGGUGAUAAAGGUGCUGUGCUGCUUUUUUCCUGCUGCCUCUGCUGCUGCUGCGCCCAUGGCAGAGGGAUUAAAUUCAAAGAUUGUGUGUGCUGGAAAAUAUUUCUUUAAAUACAACUCCAUAACGUCAGACCAAACUCAGUCGAGUUUCAUCUGCCAAACACUAAAGGAUAACUCAUUUAACGAACUCAGAACACUGCUGUUUCUAAAACAGCAUUUGAAAUAAUUCUAGAAUAACAAUUACUUUUUUAAGAUUAAGAUAAACAAAAAAAUAUUAUAAGUUACUCCCAAAACCAAAAAGAAAAAAAAAUACUCUCCCAAAGAAAGAAAAAAUUAAGAAACGGAAAUUGAAAUUGAAAUUUCGGGAGCCAAGUAGCAGCAGCAACAGAAAAGAAACACCUUUUGAAACAACAACAACAAGACUUUUAGUACAUCGUGUAACGGAUACGUUGUUCAACAACUCAUUUAAGUGCUGAGAGCAGAUUUCAACUACCACAAACAAACAUUACCACCAUCCGCGCCGCAGCCCAAACCGUAAACCAAGUUCAGUUUGGAUUUCGACAAGACCAAUCAUUAAGUGUGUGCUCGCGUACGGAGAUACAUCAAACGAACGGAAGAAAAAUUAUAUCCGCAGCACCGUAACUCAAAAAGAAAAACGCUUCACACAAACUUAAAGAAAAGAAAAUUAUUAACUUACCAAGAGCAUCAUUUCCUUAAGAAAAAAAAGAAAAGUUAAAAGAAAGAGCUCAAGAAAAAUUAAAAAAAAAAUUGCUCACAACAUUACAUAAAAAAAUUAACGAAAUAAAAUAAUGGUGCAAUAGUUAUUAAGUGAAACAAAUUACUAAACCAAAAAACAACAAGAAAUAUUGAAUAUUUGUGAAAAAUCCAGCAAAAGAAAAAAUAUUUCAAAAGAAAAAAAAAUUGAAUUUAUGGUGCAUUGAAAAUUCAAAACACUACCUCCACCAAAUGUCGUAAUUAAAUUUAACAAAUGUGUGAAAAUAUUAUUUUCUAAAAUUCAAAACAAACAAAAAUUAGAAAUAAAUAAAUAAACAAUAAUGUUGAAACAACAAACAGCAGGCAGCCGCAACAACCUGAAUUUGGAUUAAAAAAUUAAAACCAAGUUAUUUUUUUAAAACCAAAACUAACGGAUUAAUUCAUUUAGAAAAAAAAGAUUGACUUCAAAUCUCAACAACGAAGAUUUUUGAAAACUCAAAACCCAUAACUCCCGAACGAACCCAAGCAACUAACCAACAUGUUGGCCACAUCGCAACACACCCCCACCACCAAUUCCACAGCUGAAAGUUCCGCAACUCAUCCAGCAGCCAUUAAAAUGGAAAGACGUGAUUCGGCCACCUCGGAAUCAUCGUUGGAACAUUUAGAUUUGGGACGCACACCAAAGAAACUACAGACAGCCACCUCCACACCCCUGGUGGUGGCGGCGACGGCGGCCAGUGAUAAGGUCAACUCAGAGGUCGCCUCAAAUACCCAAAGAUAUUUGCAACAUAAAAUGCAAGAUUCCGAUGAGGCCAACGACUACGAUGACGAAGAGUCGGCCGACGAGAAGCCACAACAGCGCCAGCACACAAGCCAUCAUCACAAGCGACGUUUGGCAUCGCGCAACAUUUUGGACAAGCGGACCAGUGUACACAUUGAAUACAAUGCCGAUAAUCCGAAUUCGCUGCGCAAAAAGUUUCGCUUCAAUCUCAGCGCCAUCGAUCACAGCAACGAAUCGGGUUUUGUGGAUGCCAGCAAUAGUCAGCUGCUGAACAACACCUCGGCGGCUGCGGUGGCGUCGGCUGGUAAUGGCAAUAAAUCGAAUAGCUCAUCGGCAGCCUCGACACCGCCACACCAGCAAAGUACGGGUGGAAAUUCCAGUGCUGAUUCGGCACCCGGCGAGGACAUGAAAUAUCUCUGUCCAAUUUGUGAGGUAGUCUCUGCCAAUGCUCAUCAGUUCACCAAUCACAUACGUUGCCACAACUACACCUCGGGGAAUACGGAGAAUUUCACCUGUCGUAUUUGCUCAAAGGUACUCUCAUCUGCCUCAUCGUUGGAUCGUCACGUUCUGGUGCACACCGGCGAACGACCAUUCAACUGUAAAUAUUGUCAUCUCACUUUUACCACAAAUGGCAACAUGCAUCGCCACAUGCGCACCCACAAACAGCAUCAGCAUACCCAUCAUCGGCGCAACUCGAAUGGAACAAAGUUCAACUCCAAGACAACAACGAAUGCCACAGCAAAUGCCACAACUCCAUUAGGCAAUGGACAAUUAAAUGAAGGCGUUAAAUUAUCAACGCCUUCGGCAGCAGCAGCUGUAGCAGCAACAACAACAACACCGCAUGAUAAUCACAUUGAAACGUCAGCGAUUAAUGCCUCCGCCACCACCACCGCAACAACAACAACGACAGGUGCUAAUGACAAGCGAUUAAAUGGUAACGCUGAAACUUCAGCCAUGGAAAGUUAUGAAAGUGAUGGCGGCUGUUCAACAGACACAUCCACGGGUCAACACCAUCACAACAACAAUAAUAACAACGAUUUGAAAAUUAACAACAACAAUUACAAACGUAAGCUAAGUAACGAUAAUGAUGAACAUGAUCUCGAACAACAACAACAGCAGCAACGCCAACGGGAAAUCCCACAAAACCCCGAAGAGUUGCUGAAACAACAACUCAAAGCUUUGGCCACCUCCCUCGCAACAAAUGGUGAAAAAACAUCCGCAACCACCACCAAUAACAACAACAACAACGAAUCUUUAAUCUGCCCCAUCUGCAAUGAGGAUGAAUUUAGCAGUGUCACCGCCCUGGAUCAACACAUGGAUGCCAAACAUCCAGAAAUACCAGCCAAAUGUACCAACUGCGAGGUCAUCUUCAGGACCCAUCAUCAGCUCAGCAUGCAUCCCUGCACAGCUGACAUCAAGCCCGAGCGGCGAGAACAUUUCAGUCCCAGACCACGUCAUUCCCGGGACAAUUCCCUUGACCACUGUGCCCGCGAAGGCGACGGCGACAACGACACACACGAGGAUAACACCAACGAAGAGCAACAACAUCGACGAGAGGAACUCUUCCGCCAUCUGCAGCUAAGAAAUAUGAUGGCUCAAGCUGCCAACUCCUCACCUUCAUCCCAUCACAACAUCGAAUUGACCGAGGAUGACAUUAAAUCGGAACCCUCGGCUGGCCAUGAUUCCAAAGAUUUGGCCGAUAUUCAAUCGAUUUUGAACAUGACCUCGUCGUCGAACACCUCAAAUUUCCUCAAGAACUUUGAACAAUCGGUCAAUACACCCUCCUCCCAAUUCAGCUAUGAUCGUGACGAGGAAGAGGCCCAGGAUGUAUUCACCGCCGAGUUCCGUAAAAUGAAAUUGCGCGGCGAAUUCCCCUGCAAACUGUGCACGGCAGUGUUUCCCAAUCUGCGCGCCCUCAAGGGUCACAAUCGCAUCCACCUGAGCGAGGUGGGCCCAGCCGGUCCCUUCCGUUGCAACAUGUGCCCCUAUUCGAUUUGUGACAAGGCCGCCUUGGUGCGUCACAUGCGCACCCACAACGGCGAUAGGCCCUAUGAAUGUGCCGUCUGCAAUUAUGCCUUCACCACCAAGGCCAACUGUGAACGGCACUUGCGCAAUCGUCAUGCCAAGACCACACGGGAAGAUGUCAAACGUGCCAUCAUCUAUCAUCCCUCCGAGGAUUCCAGCUGUGAUGAUCCCAACAAGAAGCAGCAUCUAUUCUCCUCGCCAGAAAUCGAUGACGACAGCGAAUACUACAGUCAUCAGCCCCAUCCCAAGGAUCGCUCGACGCCCGUUUCUCAUCUCAAGGAAAUGUUGACUCAAGGUGGUGGGGACCACAGCACCAAUAAGCCCGUCAAAAUUCAAGUGAAGAACCUCAACGAGCUGCUGGACAAAUCUUCGGCUUCGUCUGGCUAUGGCGAUAGCUACAAUGACAAACGUGCCGUGGACAAUAACAUUUCGUCCUCGUCAUCAUCAGCGGCUCCCAUUGACAUGAGCAUGGAUGUUUUGGAUUUGAGCAAGAAACCCAACAAUACACAAACGAACGCACAAAAUCCACCCGAACCCAAGGUGGCCUUGGAUGCCCCACUGCCUUUGCUGCAGAAGGACAACGCAAUACCUACGGUAUUGCCAUCGGCUACAGCCACGGCGAAAACUGAUGAAGCCAACAAGCCGGCCGAUUUGUCGGCAUUGGAAAAACAACAACAACAAUUUCUAAUGGGCCCCCAACCCUGGCUCAGUGAUCCUGCCCAGUAUCUGCAACAACUAUACCGUAUACAGUUACUCUUCCCCCAACUCAAUCCAUUCCUCAUGCCCAAUUCUCCUUUCAUGCCGAAUAAUUUGGAUUUCCAAAAAUUGGCUCCCUUCUUCAGGACCAUGUUGGGCGCCACAGGAGCUGCUGCUGCCGCCAACGCAACGCCAUCUCUGGCCGAUUUGGAAAAACUCAUGAAUCCAGCAGCAUCGCUGCCGGCAAUGCCACCAAUGAGUCCGCUGAUGUCGGAGAAAUCCAAUGGCCAGCCAUUGGCUUCGUCCAAGCCAGCUGGUCUGCUCUCACCCAAUCCCAGCCAUCUGAACAUUCCCCGGCAUGUUGUCAAUCCCUCGGCAAUGGCCGGCUCCCAGCCGCCCCACUUGCCGCCCACCAUGUUGUCCAAUGGUCCCGUUAAAAUGGUGCUCAAGAAUGGUGUUUUUAUGCCGAAACAGAAACAACGUCGUUAUCGCACCGAACGUCCCUUUGCCUGUGAACAUUGCUCGGCCCGCUUUACCCUGCGUUCGAACAUGGAACGACACGUCAAGCAGCAACAUCCUCAAUACUAUGCCCAGCGCCAACGUAGCGGCCAUCAUGUUAUGCGUGGACGUGGUGCCAGCAGUGCAGCCAAUAUGAAUGGCAUUAGCCAUUUGCAGGCCGCCGUGGCUGCCCAAGCGCACUUCGGCUCCAAUGCCAGCGCCAAUCAUUCACCCAUUUCCGAUCAAGUCAAGUAUGCCAUAUUGACACAGCAACUGAAGGCCCGCAAGGAUCCUGAUUUGUUGCAGCAGGCCUUGGUCCAUGGCUCUAAUAGUGUGGCCAACUCGAACAUGUUUUUGGGAGGUCUUAACGCAAAUGGCAACCCUGCCGGGUAUCCCAAUUACGGAUCGUCGACUCAACAUCCACAUCUGAGUAGUCAAAAUGGCACCCCAAAUGGUUCAAUGGAGGAUGAUGAGCCCAAACUCAUUAUCGAUGAGGAUGAUGACGAUGAGGAUGCCGAUGCUGAUGAUGUGGAGGAAAUCCAUGAUGACCAAGAUUUCGAUUUUGACCACAGUGACAUACAGUUGAUGGAUAAGGACCAAGGAGUGGAUAAUGAUGAUGAUGAUGGAGAAGACAAUGGUGAAGGUGAUGACGAUGCUCGUGAGCACAAUGAUGCUGUGGAGGAACAUAACUUGCCUACCACCGUGGAAGAAGUCAAGCUUAAAAAUGAGACGAGCGAGGAACCCAAGGAGGCUGCCAAAAAAGUGGCUGAAUCUAUUUUGGAACAAGCUAUCAAGGCUGGACCAAAACCCGCCACCGAAGUGGUACCACCAAACAGCACCCUGAAAUCAAUGAUUGCUCAAGCGCCUGCUGUUGGCAAAUCCCUCAAAGAAGUGGCCAGUUCGGCAUUCAAAGAUGAAUCUCAGGACUUGGUACCGGUGGCCAAACUGGUGGACAAUGCCACCAGCAAUUCGGUGUCAUUUAACAACUAUUUCCGUCCCGGAGAUGCUGCCAAUCACAUGGAUCAGAGCGAUGAAGAGGGCCUGGUGGCCUCGGGCAGUGCCAGUGAAAGCAACAAUUCCGGAGCCGAAGAUGCUGCCAGCGGUGUUCCCACCAAGAAGAAGUCAGCUUACAGCUUGGCGCCCAAUCGUGUCUCGUGUCCCUAUUGUCAGCGCAUGUUCCCCUGGUCCAGCUCUCUGAGGCGACACAUCCUUACCCACACCGGGCAGAAACCCUUCAAAUGCUCACACUGCCCGCUUCUCUUCACCACCAAGAGUAACUGUGAUCGUCACUUGCUGCGCAAGCAUGGUAAUGUGGAAUCGGCUGUCUCCGUCUAUGUACCCGACGAGGAUGUCAACGAACCCAUUCCCCUGCCCAAGUCUGUGGAAGAAAUCGAGAGGCAACAAAGGGAACGUGAAGAGGAGGAAAAACGCCGUCUGGCCGAGGAGAAGGAGAGGGAACAAAAGGAAAAAGAGCUUCGCGAAAAAGAACAGCAAUUGGAACAUGAACGCCAACAACGCCAGGCUCUGCUCAAGCAGUUGGCGGCAAUGCAGCACAUCAAUCAGUUUCAAUUGAAAGCGGAAACCGCCUUGGGUGUUUCCUCCUCAGAGUUGCCAUACAAAUGCCAUUUGUGUGAGAGUUCCUUUGCCGAGCGGGCCCAGUGUCUGGACCACAUUAAGUGUUAUCAUUUGCAAGAAUACGAACUGCUGGUGUCCAAGGGCGCCAUUGACAAUGAUGCCGAUGCGGCUGCUCAAAUCCAGUCAAACGAAGAAGAGGAACGCCAGCGAGCCAACGAAGAUGCCACCAAGGGUGGCAAGUAUCCGGACUACAGCAAUCGCAAAGUGAUUUGUGCCUUUUGUUUGCGCCGCUUUUGGUCCACCGAAGACCUGCGCCGUCACAUGCGUACCCAUUCCGGCGAACGGCCGUUUCAGUGUGAAAUUUGCCUGCGCAAGUUUACGCUGAAGCAUAGCAUGUUGCGUCACAUGAAGAAGCACAACGGUGGCCUGAACAUGAACGGUUCGGCCCAUGGUAUGGAUGGUCUGAAUAAUGGCAACAGCUGUUCCGACUAUUCGGAUGAUGAGCAGGGUGGCGGACCGGUGGGACCACCGGCCAUGACAAAUGCCAAUCUUAAUGCAUUGUUUAUGGGUUCCAAGAUCCAGGAGUUGUUGAGCAAGACCUGUGAAUGGGGCAAUGGUGGUGCCGGUUCAGUGCUGCGAGAACGUAAGCAAAAUCUGGCCGAUGAUAAUGGCAUGCAUCAGCCACAGUCAGAUUUGAUUGGCAAUCUGUUGGGCAUCAGUGACCAGGGUAUUUUGAAUAAGUUGAUGUCAUCGCCGGAUGAGGCAGCCAAGCUGUUGGGAGUUGAAAAAUAAAUGGAGAAUGUAGGCACAGCGAACCCUGGCUGUGUGGGGAUUAUAUUUCUGUGACUCGCUCUCUCUCUCCCUGUAAUGUUCUCUAGUCAUGUGUGACAACAACAAGUUCUCUUUUGCGGAUUUUGAUGUGCUACAUUCCCUCUCUCUCUCUCUCACUCUCUCGUCUCCAUGCUCUUUGGAAUUUGAACUGAGUUCAGUUAAACCUGACAAGAGUGGGUGGACAUCCUUUGAAAAACAAAACUCUCUCUCUCUUUCUGCCUUCGUUAAACUUUAAAUUAAAGUUUUUAUUGUAUUUUUUUAAUUAGAUUUUCUCACAAAACAAAAACAACAACAACAAAACGACAAGACAUAACAACAACAAAAACCAAAGCUUACUCUUAUAAAAUAUUUUUUUUCUUAGAUUUUAAAAAAUAUUUUUUUUAAUUUUAGCUAAUAAGGUUUAGUCAUAGUUUAGGUUUAAUAAUUAAUUUAAAUAGUAAUAAUUUUUUUUAGUCAUAAAAACAACAACAAAAACAUAAUUCAUAUAAGAAGACGUUGUGAACAAAACAAUAUGUUGAUAUAUCAAAACAAUGAAAAUCGGUGCAACCGCUUUAAUAGGAUAUAGUCUCAAAUAUUUAGAACAGAACAAGAAACGAAGACUUCAAGAAGAUACGAAACUUUCCUAAACUUCUAUCCAGCAUUCCUAGAUAAAAAAAACAACUCAAACUGAAGACUACGAAGUACUUAAACAAAAGAAAACUCUAUGCCUUUGAAAACCUAACCUAACAUUUUUCGCUUUGACAAAAAAGCUCCUCCCUCUCUCUAUUUUUACGAACUCUCCCUGUUCUUAGAUUUUAGAUUAGUUAAGUUCUAGUUUGUAGACAUGUUGUACAUUUUUCAAAUUGGAGGCCUUCUGGAACCGCUAUGUGGCUUAUUACAUUUAUAGACAAAACAACCAAAACAAAACAAAAAAUACAUAGAAAUAUGAAGAUACUGAAGUAGACUUAUUUAAAUAGACAACCUAUGGUACUCUUAAUUAUAUACACAUAAAUAUAUAUACAUAGAAAUUUACAACAACACACAUUCAAUAUUGGUAGUGCAAAAGAACAACAACAUAACACUUAUUUUAAAAAACAAAAAAAAAUAUUAAAAAUUAUACAACAUUUUUUUAUGGGGAAGGACCACAACCAAGGCCAACAUGGCAAUCCAUUAACGGCAUCUUUGGCCUAACCCUCCUUUUGUAGAAACCUCCUUUUCUUUCAUUCCUCUUUUUUCGAAAACUUGUACUUAUUGUAAUUUAUAUUAAAUAUUUUUCCAAAUUUGUUACAUAUUUUUCAAAUAAGUUUUUUUCAAUUUCUUUUUUUUUGGGAAAUUUUUUUAUUGAAUUUGUUUUAAUUUUUUUUUACAAACAACAAAACAAAAAACACCAAUAAUUAUACAGCAAUAACCAAAGCAUUUUUUGAGUGUAUGUAGUAGUUUUUAAAUUGCAACAACAACAAAACA